AGAUACCACAUCACCACCGCCUCGUCCUCUCCCCGCUCUCUUCCCUCAGUCAUCAUGGAACAAAGACCAAACAAGAGACGCAGGUCCUCGCUCAAGUCGGGGAAGGUCAAGUCUGAGGCCGCUCCCGUCUCAAGCCUUCGCGUCAAGCGUCUUUCCGAUAAAGCAAAGCUCCCGACGCGCGGUUCGCCACUCUCAGCAGGGUACGACUUGUGCAGUGCCGAGAAUAAGGUCGUCCCAGCGAGGGGCAAGGCUAUGGUGGACACGCAGCUUUCUAUCGCGGUCCCCCCAGGGACAUACGGACGCGUCGCGCCGCGUAGUGGCCUAGCAUCCAAGUUCAUGAUUGAUACAGGGGCAGGUGUCAUCGACGCUGACUACCGGGGGGUUGUCUACAUACUCUUAUUUAACCUAUCAGAUGAGGACUUUGAGGUUAAGGAAGGUGAUCGUGUCGCACAGCUCAUUUUGGAGCGCAUUCUUACGCCAGAGGUCAUGGAGGUUCAGGAAUUGGAGGAUACAGUGCGUGGCUUGGGGGGUUUCGGCUCAACUGGUGGCCACAAUCGCCUGUAGUAAAACGACGAGGCCUGUAUAGACUUGGGGCAGACGUCGGUGGUGGAAGCGAUGAGUUUUGUGCUGAUUUUUUGCACUCUGUCGCCAUUCAUGGAUCCCCCCCUUUUGUUUGGACAUUUUCGUACUUCUUUCCACGAUGUAUAUCUGUACAAUCUUGUAGCUAUUGUAGAUUCAACUGCGGAAUAAUAGGGGAGGUCAGAGUGGGCGAUUCUCACCCGAUUCUGACGCCGACUCUGACCAGAUUCUCCAUGCGCUUCAGGUCACAAAAUCGAUGCAGAAUCGGGUUCUCACUCUGAACACCCCCAAUUCUCCAGUACACGAUUGUCCUUUUGAUUCUGCUAUGGGCAAGUUGGACAUUUGCCUUUUAUGUCGAGUAGCUCUAAGAGACAAUAUGAAUUGUACUGUUCAAGUCUCAUAAAUCAGAGUUUACC